GUUUUAAGUUUAACCUUCCCCGGGUUUCCCCCCUACUCUCCCUACCCCGGCACCCGUGCGAGAAAAAAGAAGAUACCAUUGUAUAUACUUUUACAGAUAAAGCAUUAAGAAAACCUAGGACAAGGGGGACAGAACACAAGCAACGACCCCCAUAUUAAUUUGAUCCUGAAACGUGAAACUAAUUUGCAGACACAAGGUAAACUAUGGGAACAGGUGCUUCCAAGAACCCUGACAGCUCUCACGGCGGCGACCGAGAUGAUUGCCUGGACCAUGAUGGUGGUCAACUCUACAUCAGUCUGAAAAUGGAGAAUUUCAAACUCAAAGGCGAACUCAUCCCUCACAUUUAUGGCUCCGUCCCCCUUGUCGGCUCUUGGGAUUGCUCUAAAGCUCUUUCGAUGGAACGAGAGUCCAAGUCGAUGUGGGAAUUGAGCUUUGUUGUCCCCCCUAAUCACGAAACUUUGGAUUUCAAGUUCCUUUUGAAGCCAAAGCACAGUAAUGUCCCUUGUAUUGUUGAGGAGGGUCCGAACAGGCUCCUCACAAGGGGAACCUUGCAAGGUGAUGCUAGGCUGGCUUUAUUUAGGCUUAAUGGUGAUGAGGUGCUUGAGUAUCGUGUGUUCAUCAAAGCUGAUAGGGUCUCACCAUUUGAUCUCGCGGCUAGUUGGAGAGCUUAUAAGGAGAACCUUCAGCCUUCAACUGUUCGUGGAAUUCCUGAUGUUAGCAUCAAUGCAGCACCGGAUACUGGUGUUGAGAAUGGCUCUCCAGUAACUUUGGAGCUUGAUUUAGAACAUUAUGUCAUUCCGGCUCCCGUGACUUCUGCAAACUCAGCCCUGGUUUAUGCUGCUAAUAUGACGGAGAAUCCGAGAUCAUUAACUUGUGGUGGAACCUGGUCCAAUAGUUAUGGCUCAAGUAGUGCUUCGUAUUCCAAUAAGGCUGGUAGUGCCUUGGUUGAUCAAUCUCAAAGUAAAAAGGAAACAGAGGUCAUGGUCACAGAUUCUUCCAAAAUUUAUUCUACUUCUGGUAUGGUUGAAUCAAAGUCAGUUGGAACAUUUUCACCAUUGCAAAAGCAAGAUGGUCAGAGGGGACUCUUUGUCGAUAGGGGUGUAGGAUCUCCUAGGCUUGUGAAAUCAACUAGUGCAACUACCUUUGCUACUGAAUUAAAGCUGGAUACUGAAUCCAAGAAUGCCAUGCCAGCAGCUGCUGGAGCUGUUGCAGCCGCAGCUGUAGCUGAUCAGAUGCUUGGGCCAAAGGAGGAUAGACAUUUGGCAAUAGUUCUGGUUGGCUUACCAGCUCGUGGCAAGACUUUUACUUCAGCUAAGCUCACAAGAUACCUCCGCUGGUUGGGUCAUGACACAAAACACUUCAAUGUUGGGAAGUAUCGUCGCCUCAAGCAUGGAACAAAUCAGGUAUGCUUAAAUAUCUAUACUUUAUCAUCACAAAAUAACUACGUAUUUGUUAAAGUGCACAUUCUUAUGAGGAUUUGA